CGAUGAUUCAUCAACAGAUUGUCAGAGUUUGACAGUUUCUCCUGGUGCAGUAUGUGUAAAUCGUGCGAGUAUUCGAGAGCAGAUCGAGCAAACACCCAAAAAAGAAAAUCAAAGUGACAAGGAAAGCUAAGAAAAAAGCAGUUUCGAAUUGUGACAUUUUUUUGCGUUUUAAAUAAGGAACGGAGCAACCGAUAACUCGGGAAUCGACGUAGUGUAUUUCACAAAAACCCUCAGCAGCCGAUAAUUGUGAAAUUUUUAGCAAAAUUUCGGCCGCUCCUGAGACAGGUAAUUCGUCGGAAAAAUCGUCUCAGCAAAAGAAGAAGCAGCGCUCUGCGGUCGGCUCCUGAUCCCGCUGGUUUACUUCCUUAUAACAGCUGAUCACAUUUCGACUUUAGUUCCGAGAAGACAAUGGCCAAAAAAACUUACGACUUGUUGUUCAAACUGUUGCUAAUCGGUGACUCAGGUGUAGGAAAGACCUGCAUACUCUUUCGAUUUUCGGACGAUGCGUUCACUUCAACCUUUAUCUCCACUAUUGGAAUCGAUUUUAAAAUCAAAACUAUUGAACUACGCGGAAAGAAGAUAAAACUACAGAUCUGGGACACAGCCGGACAGGAACGGUUUCACACGAUUACUACCUCUUAUUAUAGAGGAGCGAUGGGUAUAAUGUUGGUGUACGACAUCACCAACGAGAAAAGCUUCGACAACAUAGUGAAAUGGUUACGGAAUAUAGACGAGCAUGCCAACGAAGACGUAGAGAAGAUGAUUCUGGGCAAUAAAUGUGACAUGACAGAUAAACGCGUUGUUAGUAAAGAACGGGGAGAAAGCAUUGCCAGAGAGCAUGACAUUCGCUUCAUGGAAACUUCGGCCAAAGCGAACGUUAACAUUGAGAAAGCUUUCCGCGAGCUGGCAGAAGCCAUCCUAGACAAAACUGCCGGCAAAGAAACGACCGAUAAUCCAGACCGAGUGGUGGUAAAUCGUGGUACCGGCGAGAAACCUCCGGCAUAUAAAGCGUGCUGUGCGUAGGCAACAUUAGGCCUUUUGUCGCAGUUAUAUCCCAUUCUUUCCCGCAUGGUCCACGGCUCCAUAUUUUAUGUUGUGUUUGUAUACGGUGUAGUGAACAUUCAUUUCACUGGAUUUUGUUUGCUAUACGUUGGAGUUUAUUGUAUUAUUCGUUUGGUAAUCGAUCAACACAGAUUUCGAGCAAUCGAGCUUUGGGUACAUAAACAGUAAUUUUGUAUAAGUUUGAACCACGUUUUGGCCAAAGGAAAUAUUUUUCCUUUCUCAGGGAAACCUACAAUGUAUCUGAAUACCGCGUAAAUGUCUGUCUGUCAGUAAAAUUGAGCUCGAUUCUACUUUUUCAAAAUUUUCUUAUUACCAAAGUUCAUGUUUUGUAACAUUUUCAGAAGUAUUAAAAACGCUCAAAAGUAUAUUGCGUUAGUGUAAACACUGUAAGUUUGCUUUGCGCUUUUGAAACCAUUUUAAAGCUUUCCACAAACAAUUUAAUAUUUUCUUCGUUUGGAAAUAUUCCGAAUAUGUCUAAUUAUCGCUCCAUUUAUUUUAAUCUUCGGGUCGGAUUUUCACGCAAUCACUAUCUAGGAACAAUUACAUAAAAAAAAUCAUACGUAUGUGCUAACAAUUGAUAACAUCGAUAGAAAUUCUUGGUUAGCUUCUGAUUUCAACAUCAGCAUAUCAAUAUAGAACUUAAAAUUGCGGUUAUUUUACAACAAAAAAAAAACAUUGAAUAAAUCGGAUAUUGGAGAACCUAUGUAUUUGGGCUAAAUAAUCUUGCAACAAACUUAUACUGUUAUUCCAUUUUGAAAAAUCUGUGUAACAUUCAAAUGUUGCUGGAAUAAUUUACAUUUUUGUGAGGACGCAAAAUGUCAACCUUAACAACUCAGUUCAACGAUAAUAAUUAGCAAACAUAAAAAUACACCCUAAAACUUAAUCAAAUUAAGGUUAAUGCUAUUUUCGCGGUUGUUCGCUAGUGUAAUGAUAACAGUAGAGUCCAUUUCAUUAAACACAAGGAUUUUCGGAUCGUCUAUGGCCGACACUGCAAAUGUAAUUUUAUUUUUUGGUGAUACUCAAUGCACUGUAUCGCAAUCAAAUCUAUACGUAUACAUUCACACAUAAACCCAUAAUUAACAAUAACGCUACUUUAGUGGACAAAACCAAAAAUGUUUAUUUCGAAGACUAUUGUUUAAUCAAUGUUAAUCAUUUGAUGUCACGUUACAAGCUUUGAAUGGCACGCAUCGUAGAGUAAAUCAUCAUCGUUGUAAUAAAUCCAGUGUACGACGCAUUUUAAUUUAUCUAUUCAAUCAAACGAAAAACACAAAAAAAAACAAUACAAAUAAAACAAGACACGAGCCGAAGUAGCACAGUGAAGAGAUUUCCGAUGGGAUAGUAACGGAAGUUACAAAAUAAUCAACAUUAACAAAUAUCACACCCAUCAGCUUUCAUUCGUACAGUGCUCAUCUAUCACGACGAGGAGGUAGAAUCCAUGCAAAUUGAAUCACUGCUAUUGACAUAUUCUACACGCUAUACAUGAGGAAAGCGGCCACAGAAAGCAUGGAAACUAUGUGUAACGAGUAGAAAAGAUGAGGAAUGCAUGAACAUCAUCUUUUAGAAUUUGUAGAUGUUUUAGUCAAAGUACGAAAAUCAAUUGGAGCAAAAACAGAAAAAAAAAAAACAUAACUAACAAUUAUAUAUCAAAUUACGCCGGCGCGCGUGGGCAACUUAAUGCAUAUAAGAGAAAAAAGUUUAGUUUUUUUUUAUUUUUAUAUAUGUAUGUAUAUGAUAAAUAGCUUUCUUUUUUGGAAUGCCGCUAGUUACGUUAAUUCUAUCCAUAGUGACAAUGAUAUGCUUUUUUAACAGUAAAACUAAAGCCGGUAACUGGUUGAAGAACAAGAAAAAGCAAAAAGGUCAAUGUACACAAGUUGUGACGUUCUUAUUUUUAGAAAAGGGGUUACAUUUCAGUGAAAUUAUCAAUAUGCCACAGAGCGCUGUCGUUUAAUAAGUAUUCGACAUUUGACACCGGCGACAGUUACUCUCAUUUUCGGGGAAAUAGUUCAAAACACCUAAACAGAAAAGAGUCAAAAUUGUUGAGAAUAAAGUAUGGAAAUAAGUUGAUAAACCAAUGAAA